GUCAUGGGAUGCUUCAGAAACCAAUAUUGGCUUCUACUGACAUUGAUCUUCCUUUUGGGAGCUUGGGCUCAUCAAGCUGUGGGUCGCACCCCCCAGCGAGAAGAUCCCAUGUACCAGAUGCAUGAGCUGUGGAUGGCGCGAUACGGGCGUGUGUACAAGGACAUGGACGAGAGGCAAAGCCGUUUCGAGAUAUUCAAGGCAAACAUACUACGCAUCGUGUCGUUCAAUCGGGCGGGCGACAAGCCUUACAAGCUUGGCAUCAAUCAGUUUGCCGACCUCACGAACGAGGAGUUCAAGGCGAGGAACCGAUUCAAGUCGCACAUGUGCUCCACCGAGGCUGCUUCUUUCAAGUAUGGAAAUGUCACUGCGGUGCCUUCUAGCAUGGAUUGGAGAAAGAAAGGAGCUGUGACGCCUGUUAAAAACCAAGGCCAAUGUGGAUGUUGUUGGGCUUUCUCAGCCGUGGCGGCUGUGGAAGGAAUUAAUGAAAUAACCUCGGGUAAGUUGAUCUCUCUCUCCGAGCAAGAGUUGGUCGACUGCGACAUCGGUGGCCAGGACCAAGGAUGUGAAGGUGGCUGGAUGGAUAGCGCGUUCCAGUUCAUCGAGAAACACGGCCUAACAACCGAGACAAACUAUCCCUACGUGGGCACGGAUGGCAAAUGCAAUGUCAAAUCGGAAUCGAACCGUGCUGUGAUCAUCAAGGGCUAUGAAGACGUUCCCGCCAACAGCGAGGAGGCAUUGCUAAAGGCAGUUGCCAAUCAGCCGGUUUCUGUGGCCAUCGAUGCCGGAGGAUUCGAGUUCCAAUUCUACUCUAGCGGCGUGUUCACUGGAGCUUGUGGGACCGAUUUGGACCACGGCGUUACUGCGGUUGGAUAUGGGACCAGCGAUGAUGGCACCAAAUUUUGGCUGGUGAAGAACUCGUGGGGCGAGGAGUGGGGCGAGCAAGGAUACAUAAUGAUGCAGAGAGAUGUCAGCGCUAAGGAAGGCCUCUGCGGCAUAGCCAUGAAGGCCUCUUAUCCUACUGCAUAA